GUAGCCAGCUGGUGCAGCAGCAAGUACACACGAGCAGCAGCCAGCGAGCGAGCGUCAUCCAUAUCUCGAUCACUGGGUCUGGGAGAGAUGGAUGCCCUUGCUGGGUACUCGUCCUUCAGCCAGCUCUCGCUGGUGAUAAGCGUGGUGGCCGUGUGCUGGACCAUGGUGUGGCAGAACCUGGAGCACAUCCGCCUGCAGCAGUUCUUCGCGCGCAACUUCAACCGCCGCGCGCGGCGGCUCGCGGCGAUCGUCGACCCCUUCCUCUCCGUCACCUUCGAGGAGUACGAGGGCGGGCGCAUCAAGAGCAGCGACGCCUACAAGGAGGUCAGGUCCUACCUCACCACGGCCAGCACGCGCGGCGUGCGCCACCUCCGCGCCGAGUGCGGUGGCGAGAGGGACGCCACCGACAAGGACAAGCUCGUGCUCAGCAUGGCCCAGGGCGAGGAGGUGGCCGACGCCUUCCACGGCGCCACCGUGUGGUGGUCGGCCUACUCCGUGCAGCCGCCGCGCGGCGCCAUCCCCUGGUUCCGCGCGUCUCGCUCCGAGCGCCGGUUCUACAAGCUCGAGUUCCACGAGAGCAACCGCGACCUCGUGCUCGGCAGAUACCUCCCGCACGUGCGCAGGCAGGGCCGCGCCAUCAUGGUGCAGAACCGCCAGCGUAGGCUCUACACCAACAUCAACCACGAGGGCUACGACGACGGCUGGUACAAAGACGUUUGGACCCAUGUCCCCUUCAACCACCCCAAGACGUUCGACAAGCUCGCCAUGGACCCAGCGAAGAAGAAGGAGAUCAUCGACGACCUCAACAUGUUCAAGAACAGCAAGGAGUACUACAACCGCAUCGGCAAGCCGUGGAAGCGGGGCUACCUCCUGUACGGCCCGCCGGGCAGCGGCAAGUCCACCAUGGUCGCGGCCAUGGCCAACUACCUCCACUACGACGUCUACGACUUCGAGCUCACGUCCGUCAAGACCAACACCGAGCUCCGGAAGCUGCUCAUCGAGAUCAAAAGCAAGUCCAUCAUUGUGUUCGAGGACAUCGACUGCUCGCUCGACCUCACCGGCAAGCGCAAGACCAAGGAGGAGGAGGACAAGGACGAAGACGAGGAGAAAGACGCGGACCCGCACCGCCCCAAGAAGGACGCCAAGAGCAAGGUCACCCUGUCCGGCCUGCUCAACUUCAUCGACGGGCUCUGGUCGGCGUGCGGCGAGGAGCGCCUCAUCGUGUUCACCACCAACCACGUCGAGAAGCUGGACCCGGCGCUGAUCCGUACGGGGCGGAUGGACAAGAAGAUCGAGAUGUCCUACUGUGACCUCGAGUCCUUGAGGUUCCUGGCCAAGAUGCACCUCGACGAGGACGUCGAAGGUCACGAGCUGUUCGGCGUCGCCAAGGCGUUGCUCCAGGAGGUGAAGAACAUGGUGCCCGUCGACGUCGGAGAGCACCUCACGCGGAAGAGCGUCGACGACGACGCCGGGUCGUGCCUCGCGAGGCUGGUGACGGCGUUGGAAAAGGCCAAGGAGGAAGCUGCCAAGACGGAAGCGGCAAAGGCUGAAGCUGCCAAGGUAGAGGCGGCAAAGGCUUAAGAAGAUGGGAAGGGGAUCGUUGUGAAAGCUAUGGGUGACAAUUAGGCUGCUGGCUUCGUCCUCCUGUUGUCUCUCCUGACUCUCCUGUGUAUAUGUGCAUAGAUUGCUUGUCGGUCUUAGGUACUUAGAAAUAAGACCAAGCUUGCUCUGGUCACUCGCUGGCUAAGCAAGUGCUUGUUUCGGUAGUGUGCUCUUAUUCCAAUGCAAGAAUCAGGAUUGUAUUCAGGUCAGCCAUGUAAGUACUAUUGGUAUUAUUGGCAGUUGUGGUUGUAAAGAUGUCCUGUACAUUUAUGCAAAUUUGAUACUUGUAAUGAUUCGCUGCAGUUCAUCUUGUACUAUUUACAAACUGUAACUGAAGAAUGUAUAGCAUGUUGGUUA